CUCUUGGCUUAGUGUUCGUACUUCGCAGUCCUCAGAAAGCUAGAGACCUCAGCAGACGAAAAUGGCGGAAAGAGGAGGUGAAAGAGGCGGUUUUGGCCGUGGUUUCGGACGCGGUGGAGACCGUGGACGUGGCGAUCGUGGACGUGGCCGCGGGGGUCGGCGUGGUGGUGGUAGGCGAGAAGAGGAGGAGAAAUGGGUUCCGGUCACCAAACUAGGGAGACUUGUGAAAGAAGCAAGGAUCAAAACUUUGGAGCACAUCUAUCUUCACUCACUUCCGGUGAAGGAGCACCAAAUUAUCGAAGCCCUCUUACCUAAUCUCAAGGAUGAGGUUAUGAAGAUUAUGCCUGUUCAGAAACAAACCAGAGCAGGUCAAAGAACCCGUUUUAAGGCUUUUGUUGUUGUGGGUGAUAAUAAUGGUCAUGUUGGGUUGGGUGUGAAGUGUAGCAAGGAGGUUGCGACUGCCAUUCGUGGUGCUAUCAUUCUUUCAAAGUUGUCUGUGAUACCUGUUAGGAGGGGUUACUGGGGUAAUAAGAUCGGGAAGCCUCACACUGUGCCCUGUAAGGUUACUGGUAAGUGUGGAUCUGUUACUGUCCGGAUGGUCCCUGCUCCGAGAGGUGCUGGUAUUGUUGCUGCUAGGGUGCCGAAAAAGGUUCUGCAGUUCGCUGGGAUUGACGAUGUGUUCACUUCCUCUCGUGGGUCAACAAAAACUCUCGGGAAUUUCGUGAAGGCUACUUUUGACUGUCUUCUGAAGACAUAUGGUUUCCUUACUCCCGACUUCUGGAGGGAAACACGCUUCACGAAGUCUCCUUUCCAGGAGUACACUGAUAUGUUGGCAAAACCUACAGCAAAAGCAAUCGUAUUUGAGGAAGAUAAGUUGGUGGAGUAGAUGGAUAUUUUUGCAUACUGAAGUUCCUUU